AUGCAUUUGAAAGAAGAAUAUGCAUUUAUCACCAUACUCUUUUUCGGUGCUUUCCUGGGAUUUUCAGACGGGUCUUGUGUUCUGCCGUGGGCCGGAGUGUGGUAUGACAGUGCCUUUCCUGACAAUGAUGUCACAUUUGACAACAGUUCCCAGUCAGUAUUGGGAUGGAAGAUCCAGGCGUACAGCACAGAAGGGACGAAUUGGGUCUGUCUUGAGGAGAGCCAAGUGGACAAUAAACUGUUGUUUAGAUCACUGACAAAUUUCGGAAUAUUUUCAAUUCCAAUUUUUAUGUUUCGAUGUAUCAGAUGGACCAAAAUAUCGGAUGAUGCCUAUCUGUAUUAUGUUUUAGCAGAUGAACAGACUAACAUUGCAAAUCAAAGAUUAUACGCCGAAGCCUCCGACACUAACUUGACUAUUGAAACAGCGUGCUCAGCGACAAAUCCACCAGAAACUAACGAAUUCCACGUUAUCGUGAGGAAAGGUAGGGAGUCAUCUGCCAGACAGAAUUGUCCCUCCCUUCUCUUACACAAUUUUACUUACAUCCAUGACAACGGAACGAUGACGUCAUGUGAUCCCGCCAAUGGUUCAGCAGAUGGUUGUAGCAAUAGACAACAGAUUGAAUUUGACUUCUCUCAAUGUAACACAGCGGUUGGUUUUUCUGCUGGUGGGGUAUAUUACUGCCUUCACUCUGAGACGGUCGGACCUGUACAGUACGCUCUGACCAUUACUCCAGAAUCUGUGGAUUAUCAAAAGACGUUUAAAUUCACAUGCUUUGUUUUACAACAGAGUGGAUCAUAUAUUUACGCCAGCGACACCAAAGGGAGCUGCAAAAGAACACAGUCGCCUUUCUCCAAGGAAACCGAUGGCACUGGUUUCCUAAAGCUGUUGUCUUUCGGUAAAUGA